GUCAAAGACUGAGGUUCCCGACUGCACUGCAGCUCAAACCUUCCUUUGGGUUUUAAGUGUGCAGUUAACUCAGCAGACACGAUAAUCCCAGAGAUUUUCAGUUCCCCAUAAUCCUCAGAGUCUGAUUUGUGGUUCAAUUCCUUCAGACUUUACAGUGAGCCUGCGGUUAGAUUCUUAAUAGCACACAAAUAUGAGUGAUUGUAUGUUUUUCUGUGAUCAUUGACUGGAUUUUCACAAUAAAAGGGCACAGCUUUUGCUCUGAAACGCUCCUCUUUCUUGCUGAGUCCGCACAAUCCGCAGCAGGAUGACAGGCUGUGCAGGAGGAUGGCUUUCUGUGUGAGAUCUUGGCUCUGCACGCCCUCCUGCGGGAUGCACGGACAGCAAACCGGGGGGGCAUUUCUGCACACCUCUUGAGUUUCUUCAAAGAGCUGCAGAGAGAGAGGGAGGGAGACACGGGGGAGGGGGAGGUCUGUGGGGUGGGGGGCAGAAACCAUCCCCUUCUGUGCCGCCGCUCCCUCUGCCCCCCAAAUGAUGCAGGAAAAGAUGCUGAAGUUCUUCUCCAACCGGGAUGACGAGAACGAAAGUCUUCUGGGGGGAGGAACGGAGGAUGAGUCGGAAAGCGCGUCCCUGCAGGACACCAAGCAGCCGUGGCUGCACCGGCCGUGCCUCCUGCUCCUCAGCGAUGGAGACGCGGCCAAGCCGGACCAGCACUGUGCUCAGAUGACCCCGCAGGCUCCGCCCAAGGCCGCCGCCGAUCCCGGAAGCACAUGUAAAGCUCCUGAACACCCCCCCACACCGGCCUCCCCCUCCCAGCUGGAGGAGGGCAGCUGCACUGUGACCGCCGUCUCCCCGUGGGGGGAGUCCAGGAGCACCCUGGUGUUGAGCCCUGCAGGGGCUGCAUGGGCGGAGGAGGAGGAGGCGCCCCCAUGUGGCUCAUCCAAGGAAGACUCUGUGGUGGAGGAGAAGGAGGUGGAGGAGCAGCAGGAGCAUCCGGACAGCUGCGACUCCCCCUCCACGCUUUCACAGGAGGAGGCCUGCAGGGUGGGGGGGAGGGACUUUCAGAGCCAAAGGGAGGUGACCACAUCCAAGAGAGAAGAUGGGAGCAGACUGCAGGCAGCCAGCGAGGGGGAGGCGCAGGAGGAGAGUCCAGCUCCUGGAGGAGAUCCUGACAAUGAGUCUGAAAUGAGAUCAGCGGGAAUUCUGUCCAAAGAUGGAGACGAGGUCCUCGGAGAAGUGGCUCCGGUCUGGGUUCCUGACUCCGAGGCCCAGGUCUGCAUGAAGUGCGGCACCAAGUUCACCUUCACCAAGCGGAGGCACCACUGCCGGGCCUGCGGGAAGGUUUUCUGCGCUCUUUGUUCCAAUCUGAAGUUCAGACUCACUCAUCUGGAUGGAAAAGAGGGCCGCGUUUGUGUUUCCUGUCAUUCAACCCUCAUCAAAAGGACGCCUCCGAAGAGCCAAAGAAAGGUGUGGUUCGCAGAUGAAAUCCUCACCACACAACAGUCAGAAUCUGCUCCUACUACACCCGCCAGGGGUCCGGUCUUCUCGCCACUGAGACGGACGCUGGGGGAGCCUGUGGGUUCGCCGCAGACGAGGAGAACGUCAAGGCCUCAAAGGACCACCGCGAGCGAGGCGUGUGGUCCUUACGGUUGGGGCACCACAGCUCUGGUGAGCAGCUCUGCCAACCUCAUUCCGCUGGAGGGCCUGCCUCCCAUCCUCACCUCCACAGGAGUCAAAGGAGACUACACCGUGGAGGAGCAUCCGUCCGAGGUGCUGCUCUUCCAGGAGCUGGAGAGCGGCCGGCCCAAACCUCUGGUGUUCGUCCUCAACGCCAACCUGCUCGCCAUGGUGAAGCUGGUCAACUACGUGAACAGGAAGUGCUGGUGCUUGACCACCAAAGGGAUGCACGCCGUGGGCCAGGUGGAAGUGGUGGUGCUGCUGCAGUGCCUGCCGGAGGAGAAGAGUUUCCCCAAAGACGUUUUCAGCCACUUCCUCCAGCUGUACAGGGACACCCUGACAGGGAAGGUUGUAAAACACCUGUCUCUCUUCCUGUUUGGGAGUCAGUUUCUGGGGAGCAGAGACCACGCCGGCUUUCUGUACGUUCGCUCCACUCUGCAGUCUCUUCAGGGUCUUCCUCUGCCGAACCAGCCGUACCUCUUCGGCCUGCUGAUCCACCGGGCCGAGGUGUCCUGGGCCAAGGCCUUCCCGCUGCGCCUCAUGCUGCGGCUGGGCGCCGAGUACAGAUUUUACCCCUGCCCUCUGUACAACGUGCGCUUCAGGAAGCCCUUGUUCGGGGAAAUAGGCCACACCAUCAUGCGGCUGUUAGUGGACUUUAGGAACUACAGAUACACCCUUCCGACAGUAUCAGGGCUCACCGUGGACCUGGAGGCUCAGAGGACCUGCAUAAAGAUCCCAACAAACGGCUAUAACGAGCUGCUGAAGGCCAUCAGCAAGUCCAACGAACACGUGCUGGCCUUAGGAGCGUGCUUCAACGAGACCGCCGACUCGCAUCUCAUCUGUGUUCAAACAGAGGACCGGCAGUACCAAACGCAGGCCAUCAGCAUCCACAACCAGCCGCGCAAAGUCACCGGAUCGUGCUUUUUCAUCCUGAGCAGCGCCCUGAAGGCUUCUGCAGGAUACCUGGCCAAGUCCAGCAUCGUGGAAGUGUGCGUCUGUGUUUCUCCCGUACCGCUGUGCCCUCUUCCUGUAGAUGGCCUCAUGGUGCAGGUCACCGUGGAAACCAUGGGGGAGAUCCGCCGGUCGCUCCGGGAGAUGAAGGACUACAGCAUCACAUGUGGACGGCUCGACCAAUCAGAGAGCCAGGAGCUUGUUUGUUUACAAUGGGUGGAGGAGAAGUGCACUGUGAAUAAAGGCGUCAUCAGCCCCAUCGACGGGAAGUCCAUGGAGUCCAUCAGCAGCACCAAGAUGUUCCAAAAAUCUGAGUACAAAGAAAACGGGAAGAUCAUUCGCUGGACAGAAGUCUUCUUCCUCCAAAAGAGCCAGAAUCCCAGAAGAGGAGCCAGCGACUCGGCGGAGCAGAGCCGGCUGACGGAGCGCAUCGCCAGGGCCUUCUGUCUGGCGCUGUGUCCUCACCUGAAGCUCCUGAAGGAGGACGGCAUGGCCAAACUGGGGCUGCGCGUCACUCUGGACUGUCAGGAGGUGGGAUUCGUGGCGGGGAGUAACGGGCAGCUCCUCCCAGCUCAGUACCUCAGCGCCCUGGACAGCGUUCUGACUCCCGUCAUUCACAGCAAAGGCCGCACGAGGGACAACGAGCCCACCGUGAUGGAGCUCAUCUUUUAUAUCCUGGAGAACAUCUCCUAGAACCUCCUCCCACGAAUGAUCCUGUCACCUCAGACUAAAGCAAAAAGCAUUUCAACACAAAACCUGAUUCACAUCCACGGUCCAGAGAGGAGUGGGCGUGGCCUCACUCCGCCUGAAGCCAACCCGUGAUGAACCAUCACAUAAAGGGUGCUGCAUUGUCAUAGCUUGCUCUCCAUGUCACCGACGUGCUCGGCACGAGAAGAAAACCUUUAAAAUGUUCUGGUUUCAGAGAGAAUGAGGAAUGUAGAUCUGUAGAAACCAGAAUGAAUGCCUGGAGAAUGUUUUCACACUGGAUGCAUUUAACGGACUGCUCAUAAAGUGUAAUGUCAGCUUGGAAUUAAACUUACUAACACUGA